UUAACCCGUCCGUUGCUAUUGUAACGGAUUUCGCCUUCACUGGUAGCUUGGUAACAUACACUCCCAGGUCUUUCUCUGCCUCUGUGGUGGAUAGUGGAGUGUUCCCAUGUGGUAUUGGUGUGCUGGAUAUCCCUUCACUGGUAGCCUGGUAACAUACACUCCCAGGUCUUUCUCUGCCUCUGUGGUGGAUAGUGGAGUGUUACCCAUGUGGUAUUGGUGUGCUGGAUAUCCCUUCACUGGUAGCCUGGUAACAUACACUCCCAGGUCUUUCUCUGCCUCUGUGGUGGAUAGUGGAGUGUUUCCCAUGUGGUAUUGGUGUGCUGGAUAUCCCUUCACUGGUAGCCUGGUAACAUACACUCCCAGGUCUUUCUCUGCCUCUGUGGUGGAUAGUGGAGUGUUUCCCAUGUGGUAUUGGUGUGCUGGAUAUCCCUUCACUGGUAGCCUGGUAACAUACACUCCCAGGUCUUUCUCUGCCUCUGUGGUGGAUAGUGGAGUGUUUCCCAUGUGGUAUUGGUGUGCUGGAUAUCCCUUCACUGGUAGCCUGGUAACAUACACUCCCAGGUCUUUCUCUGCCUCUGUGGUGGAUAGUGGAGUGUUUCCCAUGUGGUAUUGGUGUGCUGGAUAUCCCUUCACUGGUAGCCUGGUAACAUACACUCCCAGGUCUUUCUCUGCCUCUGUGGUGGAUAGUGGAGUGUUUCCCAUGUGGUAUUGGUGUGCUGGAUAUCCCUUCACUGGUAGCCUGGUAACAUACACUCCCAGGUCUUUCUCUGCCUCUGUGGUGGAUAGUGGAGUGUUUCCCAUGUGGUAUUGGUGUGCUGGAUAUCCCUUCACUGGUAGCCUGGUAACAUACACUCCCAGGUCUUUCUCUGCCUCUGUGGUGGAUAGUGGAGUGUUUCCCAUGUGGUAUUGGUGUGCUGGAUAUCCCUUCACUGGUAGCCUGGUAACAUACACUCCCAGGUCUUUCUCUGCCUCUGUGGUGGAUAGUGGAGUGUUUCCCAUGUGGUAUUGGUGUGCUGGAUAUCCCUUCACUGGUAGCCUGGUAACAUACACUCCCAGGUCUUUCUCUGCCUCUGUGGUGGAUAGUGGAGUGUUUCCCAUGUGGUAUUGGUGUGCUGGAUAUCCCUUCACUGGUAGCCUGGUAACAUACACUCCCAGGUCUUUCUCUGCCUCUGUGGUGGAUAGUGGAGUGUUUCCCAUGUGGUAUUGGUGUACUGGAUAACCCCUCCCAAGGUGCAGGACUUUACAUUUUUUUUCAUUGAAUUGUAGCAGCCACUUGUUCCACUCCUGUAGCUUGGUGAGGUCUUCUUGUGGGAAAUCCGCAGCCAAGGAGUUAACCUGUAGAAAGCGGCUCCCUAGUAGCAAAGCUCAUCUUCUGAAGCGAGACGAUGGUCCUCAAACUUACUGUGACAAAUUAUUCAAAAACUGUACCGAUCUGCUUGUCUUGCUUUUUUUUUUUAGCCGACAGUGAACUUGUUUUUCAAAUCAAUG